AUGCGCAGAGCUGCUGCAAUGAACGAGUGGUGCAACGAAGCUCAGCGAGCGCGAACUGGUAUCGACGCAGCUGGGGAAAGCAACAAGGAGAGGCCGAGAGGGAGGGACAAACGUGACGAACGCAAAGCAACGAAAACGAGGGAGAAGAAAGAGAGACAAAACGAAAAGAAAAACAAGGACGUGAUGUCCAGGAAAGGAAGAGUACGGCGAAGAGAGCGUUCCUGCCGCCGCUCACCACGAACCGGGGAUUGGCGCGGAAGUCGCGCGUUGCAGUGGCUCCAACAUACCUUCCCCCUAAUUAAACUUUACAAGCCCGCAGUUCAGAAAGAAUGGACACAGUGGAGACGGAGACUUCGGUCGACUAAUAAAAAAGCUUCCCUUUACGGCAAGAGCUAG